AUGGUCGACACACGCCCGACGAUAAAAAAUGCGGACAUGACAGAAGAGAUGCAGCAGGAGGCUGUUGAGUGUGCCACUCGAGCGUUCGAAAAGUACACCGUCGAGAAAGAUAUCGCUGCCUUCUUAAAGAAGGAGUUCGAUAAGAAGUACGGAGCGACCUGGCAUUGCAUUGUUGGACGCAACUUUGGAAGUUAUGUUACACAUGAAACCAAGCACUUCAUCUAUUUUUACUUGGACCAGAUUGCAAUCCUGCUCUUCAAGAGCGGAUAG